AUGCCAAAGCUACCGGCAGAGAUUGUGCCGCUGGUUCUGGAGUGCCUGCGAUGGCGCGUACAUGAUCUGGCCCUUUGUUGCUUAGUAUGCAAAUUGUGGCAUACGUUUGCUACGCCAUGGCUGUAUGAGCGAAUCUGGCUACGUGAUCAAACGCGGCUCCUUCGUGUGUUUGAGACGCUGGCCGCGCACCCUGCUCUGGCGCAGCAUGUGCGGAUUCUCGAACUUCGUGUAUUUCCUUUUGGCUUACGAGCUGAACGUCUGGAGCUGCUGGAGUCCCAAAUUGUGCAAAGCAUACGAGCUGCCGAGAACUUGGAAGUAUUGUGCUGGACACGCACUGGCAGCCUCAGUGAUCGUGUAAUUCUAUCGAUGUUCGAGCACAUGCACCAACUACGUCGUCUGGAGCUGACCGGCAACAGCCGUACCUGGUCGCCUGCUCUACUAGCCACGCGCCUUCCACCGAGUGUGCGUGACUUGUCCUUCAUUCUCCCUGAUCGUGCCGUAUUGGAGCAUAUCCCGCUGAUGCUUCAGCACCUCGAUGCGCCCUUACAAGGCAUCAAUUUGCUGUGUAUGGACUCGUCCUUGGUGACAGAUGCAUGGCUAUCGACAUUGGCAACUCUUGCACCGAGUUUGCAACGUUUAUCAUUGGUAGGCUGCAAGCAAGUGCAUGGCGAGGGUCUUCGUGCGCUUGUGACGCCCCACUUACGCGAAGUAGCGCUCGAAUCGCUGGCGCUAGAGGCUGGCGUGCUAUCCUCGUUAGCGCUGAGGAUGCCACACCUUACGUCGCUCACCGUCACGUACCCCAAGAAAGUGGCUGAUGCGCCUGCCUUUUUCCAGGAGGUCUCGCACAUAUGGGCCAUGUGUCAUCGCCUUCAUACCAUGGUCCUUUAUGCGCGUGGGGGAAGUGCGCCUGUGGUCGAUGGCAAUUCGUACGUCGGCGACGAUAGUGACGAUGCUGAGGAAGGGACGUUGCGCGAUACAGCGCCGCGUAUGAGCACAGCAUGUCUGCACCAAUGGGCGGCGAGUCCAGCAGCAGCAACGUUGCGAGUCCUUCGCAUGCCUGGGGUAGGUGUGUCUCUAGGGCAGCUAAGUGUCAUGACCUCGUCGCCUAUCGCGCAGGGCCUGCGUGAGUUGGUCGUCCAGCUGUACGAAUACGAUAUGGACACCUUAGGCACAUGCCUCGCGGCAUGCACACAACUACGUACGUUCCACAUGUUUUCGCACCUCCGCAGCGAUGCACAGUACACGGAAGCGGAUAUGCUGCGCUUGGCGCAGGCUGGUGGGCCGAAUCUUACACAUAUUGGGUUCCGGAAUCGCGUAUGGCUUGUCGAGGUCGCGGCGACGGGCGAGCGUGUGCUGCGUCCCUGGGACAAGAGCGCCGGUCUUUUCCCCUCCAGCAUGCUUGUGGUUCGGAGUUAA